AUGGAAAAAUUCAAAAAUAAAACUACUCCAGGUGGUAACCCUAAAGGAAAAUCCACCGUUGUCAUAGGCAACGCAACUGGGCCUGAGGAUUCUGGAGAGCCCAAAACACCAUGCAAAAACAAAUUGGAGCAUAUUAAAAACCCUAAAAUCAAACCCAAGGUGACAUACUUCUUUGGAACACUAAAUGUUAACUCGAUGCUUAAAGUGGGUAAAUUAAAGCAACUAAACCAAAUGUUGAGAGAGGAAAACAUCCUAAUCCUAGCAAUACAAGAAACAAGAUUCAUAGAUAUCAACACAACCGAUUCAGAGAAUUACAGGUAUUUCAAAGGGAAACCCGGUAAAAGAAUAAUGAGGAACACACCUCAUCUUGGUACGGCAUUCUGCGUACAUAGAACAAUAGUGAACUCGAUUACGAAAUUUCAAUCCCCAUCGGGCAGACUAUCACUUUUAACUUUUAAAUGUGCAAACAAGUCAUACACGUUGAUCAACUGUCAUGCACCAAUCAAUGAAGAUAACAGGAAAAAUCCCACUAAAGUGGAGCAGUUCUGGGAACAAUUGGAGGAUGAAAUAAGCAAAAUCCCUCGUGAAAAUGUCAAAAUUCUUGUGGGUGACUUCAAUGCGCAGAUAGGGAAAGAAAAAUCAGUUCGGAAUAUUGUAGGCAAGUAUCCUGCACACAAAAGAACAAACCAAAAUGGCCUAAGAUUAAUUGAGCUCUGUAAGGCUUUCAACCUCAAACUAAUGUCAACAAAUUUCAAAAAACUUCCAAGGAAACAGAAAACAUGGAGAUCCCCGAAUCCGGAACUUGGAGAAUUUCAAAUAGAUCAUGUGGCAAUAUCCAAACAGAAUCAAAAAGAAAUUUUGAAUGUCAAGAUCAAAAAAGAACAAAACUUCAGGAAGAGUCUUCCAGAUUCAGACAAAUGA